AUGAGAGAUCGAUUUCAGCGAAUGUUUGAUGAAUCUGGAUUUGAUAUAUAUAUGCAUUAUAAAUUAGAUUUGGAUGUGUCAGUACCAAGAUUAACUAAAGCUGAGAAUGCAAUAGUAAAUAGAUGA